GAAUGAAUUAAAAAGCAAAAUGAAAGGAAAAAAAGUGAUGGAUUGAGAUUCCUUCGCCAAAGAAUUAAGAGAUCAAACCAUCCGAAUUCCUCACGAUUUCCAAGAACAAUCAUCGACACUGACUUCGACAAUUGUAACACUUCACUCGCUCUCACGCUCUCUCUCACACACACACUACCUCUCUACGACUCCGGCCCGGAAAUGGACCAUUCCACCCGCCUGCACUCCCAGGCUCGCCGCCGAUCAUGGUGUUGCUCGUUCACGGUCCCCCCUUCUAGCCCCGAAAGUUUGUCUCUUUCUCGCUUCAAAUCGUUUCCCACCACCAAGUCCGAAACCCUCUCAAAACCCCCUUCCAACUCCGUCCCCAACUCGCCGCAGAGCUCCAAAUCUGGUCUGGGCAUCGUGGGGCGGACCCGGAUCGACGCCCGCCGAAUCUUGUCCCCUGGCCGAGUCUCCCCCAUUGACACCGAUUCCACCGUUCCAGAAGAAAUCCCCGCCGUCGAUUCCUCUGCAACUCUUUCCAAAUCGCAAAGCUUCCGGGCCGCACCGGCGUGCUCUUCCUCUAGCUCCCGAAGCGCCGAUAAUGACGGUGUAUUUGACGUGAGGUUGAACUUGAGAGGGAAGAGCGGUGCGUGUUUGGUCUUGGAGCUUAACUCGGAGGUUCUGAGCGCGAGUUCGGAUGUAUUCUCGGGUUUGAUCAGUGAAUAUAAGAGAAAGUCAAACAGCUCGUCUUCGGGGCGGAAGAUGUGUAGGAUCGAGGUCCCGGAUGUUGAGAACCUAGGGGCGUUUAGGCAGACCAUCGAGCUGAUGUUCGAGGACGAUAUUCCAAAGCGGCUCUUGAAGAUCGGUGCGUAUAGGUGCAUCGACAUACUUGAGGUAUCAGCAGGUAUCAUGUUCACCAAGGGAGUUUUGUCCUGUUUAGAGUACAUCGAGGCUGUUCCUUGGACUGAGGAGGAAGAGGAGAAACUGAGGAUCCUAUUUACAAGAUUUAAGUUUGAUGGUGCAACAACUAGAGAUAUUUUAGCCAGACUGUACUCUCGUGACUCGGUAGAUUCCCAACAACAUUUAGCCAGACAGCUUGUUUUGUCUAUCACCAGUUGUACCGAGGCCAAUGCUAGGAAUGAGCUAAAGUCAUUAGUCAAGGGUCUCCUUUGUAAAAGUUCAGUCUAUGAGAAGGACCAAUCUGACCUCAAUAAGGAAGAUCUUUACAUUGCUUGCCAGUCAUGCCUGAGUUCACUCGUUAGCUUGUUUGAGGAAGCCUCUAGCACAAUUCCUCAUGAGAGAUUGACAAAGAAGGAAAAGGAUAGGCCCUUGAUCGAACGGAUCUCAAGACAAGUUGAUAACAUCAAUUGGUUGCUAGAAAUCCUGCUUGAUGGGCAAAUGGCUGAGGAGCUUGUGGAUAUGUGGGCAGAUCAGGGAGAACUGCUUGGAAUGCAUGAGAAUACAUCUCCAAUGGUCAGGUACGAGCUCAGCAGGGUUACAGCCCUUCUCUUCAUUGCAAUGGGGACCAGAAAACUGCACUGCCGUUCAGAAUCAAGAUCAGGGCUUCUCCUGGCAUGGUUCAGCCCAAUGCUGUUGGACUUUGGUUGGCUGCAGAGAUGCCGGAAAGGGCUCGACAUGAAGGCAUUGGAGGAAGCAAUGGGUCAGAUACUCCUUACUCUUCCUUUGAAGCAGCAGUAUGCACUGUUUAUGGAAUGGUUUCAGUGUUUCUCCAAGCAGGGCACUGAAUGUCCUAAUCUAAGCAAAGCCUUCCAGAUUUGGUGGCGCCGCUCAUUCCUAAGAGGCUCGGAAACUUGUGCAAUUGAAUCCAGGUAACAUGUAACCCCUCUUUUUCACUCGUGUGGUAUUUUGCAUUAGUGUAGGUGAAGAAGAAAAACGCUGGGAGUCAAUAAUAUGUAGAUCAACUGUGUAGAUUUUUUGUUAACGGCUGUUAAGUGCAUAAAUUGGCAUCAUUAUUUCUAUGAGAUUAUCCUCUA